AGUGGGUCUGCAGCGCAAAGUGUUAGCUGGGCUCCAGUGUCUGUGGUGCUUUGUUUAAAAUCGUCUUCUUGUCUGAUUUACGGUCAGGGUUGCUUCUGCCGUUGGGGAAGACCUCAUUGCACAUUUUAAAGCUUACACUUCCCCUGCUGUAACGUGGUUUUCGGUUGAGAGGUUUGGGGAACUCGUGUAUGAUUCCUAUGCUCAUAUGUUGGCUGACUUCAGUUGAGGUUGGCAGGUGAAUUGAGAGGCAGUGAGCCAGCAGCGGGAACCCUGGUGGCUAGUGGUUAAGAGUUUGGCUGCUAACCAAAAGGUUGGCAGUUCAAAUCCACCAGGCUCACCUUGGAAACCGUAUGGGGCAGUUCUACUCUGUCCUGUAGGGUCUCUAUGAUGAAGGCAAUGGGUUUUUUGGUUUGGAGCUAGGAGCAAGAGCCAGCCCCCAGGGGGAGUUAGGAGACCUGGUUUCUUGCCAAAGUCAGUGGCCACUUGUUAAUUGUCCUUGGGUGAUGACCCCAUGGACAACUGAACUGAAACACUGCUUGGCCCGGGCACCAUCCCAGCAAUCUCAGCUGCGCUUGAGUCCAUCUUUGGGGGCCCUGUGUAGUGCCUUCCUGCCUAGGGUUCAUCUUCCAGCGCUGUAUUGGUCAAUAUUCUCUACGUAUCUGUAGGGUUUCAUUGGCUGAUUUUCAGAAGUAGAUCGCCAGGCUUUCCUCCUAGUCUGUCUUAGUCUAGAAGCCCUACUGAAACCUGCCCACCGUGGGUGACUCUGCUAGUAUUUGAAAUACCGGUGGCAAAGCUUCCAGCAUCACAGCAAUGCACAAGCCACCACAGUACGACAGAUUGACAGGCAAGUGCUGGAGUGGCUACUUCCCCUACCCCCUUGCUGUCUAGUUGAUCCUGACUCAUAGUCACGCUGCAGGACAGAGUGGAACUGCCCCAUAGGAUUUUCAAGGCUGACUGUCACAUCUUUCUCCUGUGGAGCAGCUGGUAGGUUUGAACCACUGACCUUUCGGUUAGCAGCCAAAUGCUUAACCACUGCAUCACCAGGUAUUGUUACCGGCUGCUUUGUGGCAAAAGCAAAUGCUUUCGCCUCUCCUUGAUCUGUAAAAUAGAGAGGUUGGAUUGGUAUUCAAAACGUUCCCAGACUGUGUACUCUGCUGCUAUUUCUUUGUUGCCUGAACUUCGGUGACUUGAAGGAAUCAGUGCACUUCAUGGCGAGCCUUGGAGUCUUGGAGUUGUGCAGCUAGGAGGAGGACCACGGAGAGUGUCACAAUCCAUCUCCCACCUCCCCACCCCCCCCCGCCCCCGCAAAUGCGAGGCAGCUGAGACCAGAGAGUUGCCAUGACAUUGUUCAGGUGGUCGAGUGAGUCAGACGCAAAUCCAAGAUCCAAGCCCAGAUCUCCUGGUUCCUGGGCCAGAGCCCUUACUUUUUACACCUGACAUUUCCAUGGGUGCUACAGACUCAGCUACAUAUCUGGCAUCAGAAAUAGCUCAAAAGCUAUUACAGUAACAUCUUUGCAGAAUUUUAUAGGUGGACAAGAUUGUGGACCAGCUGCAGCAGUUAAUGCAGGUGUAUGACCUGGCUGCCCUUCGGGAUUACUGGAGCUAUCUGGAGCGCCGGCUCUUCAGCCGCUUGGAGGAUAUAUACAGACCCACCAUCAACAAGCUGAAAACCAGCCUGUUCCGCUUUUACCUCGUCUACACCAUCCAGACCAACAGGAGUGACAAGGCCCAGGAGUUCUUUGCCAAGCAGGCUGCAGAGCUCCAGAACCAGGCCGAGUGGAAGGAUUGGUUUGCCCUGCCCUUCCUGCCAUCCCCAGACACCAACCCCACCUUCGCCACCUACUUCUCACGGCAGUGGGCCGACACCUUCAUUGUGUCCCUGCACAACUUCCUGAGCGUCCUGCUGCAAUGUAUGCCAGUUCCUGUGAUCCUGAGCUUCGAUGCGGAGUGUCAGAGGACCAACCAGGUCCAAGAGGAGAACGAAGUUCUGCGUCAGAAGCUUUUUGCAUUGCAAGCAGAAAUUCACCAUCUGAAGAAAGAGGAGCAGCCGCCGGAAGAGGACCAGGCCUUGGCCCAACAUAAAUUACCUCCUUAUGUCUCCAACAUGGACCGCCUGGGGGACUCGGAGCUAACCAUGAUGUGCAGCCAGAGGAGCGCCGCCCUCUCUCAGUCACCGCGCGUGGGCUUCCUGUCCUCACUGCUGCCGCAGAGCAAGAAGAGCCCCUCGAGGCUGUCACCAGCCCAGGCAUCCCCACAGGCCCAGAGUGCCGCCAAGAGAGAGGCCACCGGCAGCCAGGCUGCCAAGGGCAAGGACCCGGUGUCUGGGUCGAAGGACGGGAAGAGCCACUUUGGUGGGCUGGCUGCGGGGGAGUCCAGCUGGCCGCAGCACCGGCAGCGGCGCCUGCAGGACCACGGCAAGGAGCGCAAGGAGCUGUUCUCCACCACCGCGUCCCAGAGCGCAGAGAAGAAGCCCGACACUGGCAGCACGGAGACCGAGCCCGGCCCAGAGCCAGUGGAGAUGGCCACGCGGGGCCCCGAGGGUGGCCGCCCUGAGCAGCCCUUCAUUGUGCUGGGCCAGGAGGAGUACGGGGAGCAUCACUCGUCCAUCAUGCACUGCAGAGUGGACUGCUCGGGGAGGAGGGUGGCCAGCUUAGACGUGGAUGGAGUCAUCAAAGUGUGGUCCUUCAACCCCAUCAUGCAAACUAAGGCAUCCUCCAUCUCCAAGUCUCCGCUGCUGUCUUUGGAAUGGGCCACAAAGCGGGACAGACUGCUUCUGCUGGGCAGCGGUGUGGGUACAGUGCGCCUUUAUGACACGGAAGCCAAGAAGAAUCUCUGUGAGAUCAACAUCAACGAUGACAUGCCCAGAAUCCUGUCUCUCGCCUGCAGCCCCAACGGGGCCUCUUUCGUCUGCUCGGCUGCAGCUCCGAGCCUCACCUCCCAGGUGGACAUGUCAGCUUCAGACAUAGGGAGCAGGGGCGUGAACCAGGUCCCUGGCAAGCUGCUGCUGUGGGACACGAAGACCAUGAAGCAGCAGCUUCAGUUCUCCCUGGAUCCAGAGCCCAUUGCCAUCAACUGCACAGCCUUCAAUCAUAACGGGAACCUGCUGGUCACCGGCGCAGCCGACGGCGUCAUCCGGCUGUUUGACAUGCAGCAGCACCAGUGCGCCAUGAGCUGGAGGGCCCACUGCGGGGAGGUCUGCUCUGUGGAGUUCAGCUACGAUGAGAACACUGUGUACAGCGUCGGCGAGGACGGCAAGUUCAUCCAGUGGGACAUCCACAAGAGCGGCCUGAAGGUGUCUGAGUCCAGCCUCCCCUCUGAUGCCACGGGCCCCUUCGUGCUGUCCGGGUACAGCGGCUACAAGCAGGUGCAAGCCCCCAGGGGCCGGCUCUUCGCUUUUGACUCUGAAGGCCGUUACAUGCUGACGUGCUCUGCCACUGGGGGCGUCAUCUACAAGCUAGGUGGGGAGGAGAAGGUUCUGGAGAGCUGCCUGAGCCUGGGUGGCCACCGAGCCCCUGUGGUCACUGUGGACUGGAGCACGGCCAUGGACUGUGGGACCUGCCUCACAGCAUCCAUGGAUGGCAAGAUCAAGCUGACCACCCUGUUGGCCCAUAAACUUUGACGAGGCUGCCUAUGGGCAUCCGUGGAAGCAGUGUUACCUGGACCAGGGCACCCGUGGAAGCAGUGUUACCUGGGCUGGGGCACCCGUGGAAGCAGUGUUACCUGGGCUGGAGCACCUGUGGAAUUAUUGUUAACCUGGGCCGGGGCAUCCGUGGAAGCAGUGUUACCUGGGCCAGGGCAAGACAAGAUAGGGAGAAGCAGGCCACUCCACUCGAGGCUCCUGGCGGUGCGGGGCCUCUGCAGGGACAGGCUGCCCAGUGUGGGGCGGAAACAGGUAGCCUCAAGGAGCAGGUAGGCAGAGGCAUGUGCUCCCCAGAGACCAACUUCCUGGCUCUGCUGGCAGCGCACUCCAACUGAGGGACGCUCAGGAAGAAGGAAGAAACAUGGCCAUGUCUGCCCUGGGGGCCCAGGAGAGAUGACAGUUAUUUUGUAUGUAUUUGCUCAUUUUUCUCCUUUUUUAAAAAAAAGAUGACACCUUC